AUGGCUACCUCGCAAGGCGUCGCACCAUUCACGCCCGAAUACGCAUCCUACAACUGGACGGGGGCUCCAUCGGACUAUGGGUUAACUACAAAUGAGGCAUUGGGUGGAAAUUCACGAACGGAAAAUGUCAAUAAAUGGUUUCAAUCGGGCGAUCAGGCCUACAUUAUUGUGGCCUCGGCGAUGGUGAUGGUGAUGGUGCCGGGUCUAGGCUUCCUCUACUCCGGUCUUGCCCGCCGCAAGUCUGCCCUGAGUAUGAUUUGGGCCUGUAUGGCGUCCAUGUCGGUCAUCACCUUUCAGUGGUACUUCUGGGGAUACUCGCUCGCCUUCUCGCCGACGGCUACCAACGGUUACAUUGGCAACCUACGCAACUUUGGCUUGAUGAAUACUCUAGCGGCUCCGAGUCCGGGCUCGCCGCUGAUCCCGGACCUUCUCUUUGCUUUUUACGAGAUGCAAUUCUGUGCCGUGACAGCUGCAAUUGUCAUGGGAGCGGUUGCCGAACGUGGCCGACUUCUCCCCGCGAUGGUGUUCACUUUUAUUUGGGCGACCGUUGUCUACUGUCCACUCGCCUGCUGGGCGUGGAAUGCUAAUGGGUGGGCCUACAAGUACGGCGUCAUGGACUACGCGGGCGGCGGGCCCGUCGAGAUCGGAUCCGGCCUGUCCGCCUUUGCCUACUCGAUGGUUUUGGGCCGCCGGCAGGAACGCAUGAUGCUCAACUUCCGCCCACACAACGUUUCACUGAUCCUACUGGGAACCGUUUUCCUGUGGUUCGGAUGGCUAGGCUUCAACGGUGGUUCCGCCUUCGGAGCCAAUCUCCGGGCUACCAUGUCCUGCUGGAAUUCCAACCUGACCGCCGCCUUUGCAGCCAUCAGCUGGGUCAUCCUCGAUUGGCGUCUGGCCCGGAAGUGGUCGAUGGUCGGCUGGUGUUCGGGAACGAUCUCGGGUCUCGUCGCUGCCACCCCUGCCUCAGGAUUCAUCACCCCGUGGGCCAGUGUCAUCCUCGGUAUCGUUACGGGCAUCGUCUGCAAUUAUGCGACAAAGGUUAAAUACUGGGUGCGCAUCGACGAUUCGAUGGAUGUGUUGGCCGAACACGGCGUCGCCGGAAUCGUCGGGCUCAUAUUCAACGCAUUCUUCGCCGACGAUGCGAUUGUCGGCCUGGACGGAGUCAACACGGGAACUAAAGUUGGUGGCUGGGUGAUCCACAACUGGAAGCAGCUCUAUGUCCAGAUCGCAUAUGUCGUCGCAACCUGCUCCUAUGCAUUCGUCAUGUCCGCCAUUAUCGCCCUGGCCAUCAACGCCAUCCCGGGACUCAAGCUGCGGGCGUCCGAGGAGGCCGAGCUCCUCGGUAUGGAUGACGACCAGCUGGGCGAAUUCGCCUAUGACUACGUGGAGGUGCGCCGUGACUACCUGGCCUGGACGCCACAGAAGCACGACCAGCUGGAGGACGGCCACGAGAUCCCUGCGCACAGCCGGUACGGCAUCGGCGAGCAUAGCGAGAUGAUGCUUGAGGGCCACGCGCCCGCCCAGAUGAGCAGCCGCGGGGAAAGCCAGGACGAUGGCAUCCAGGAGGUCAAGAUCCUUCCGCCAGCUCCCCGACAGGUUGCCGAACAGACCCGUGCUGGUGAAGCCGGCGGUCUUCCCCCUUCAAACCCACAGGUGUCCGCUGAAAAAUCCGGUUAA